CCAACCCAAAAGCAGCCAGGAGCUUAUUCGUUUGAGCUCCUGCGCUGGAUCUGAAGAGAAGGAGACACACAGUUCCCCAUUUUCAUUUCUUCCUUAACCCAGUAGUCAGUAGUUAGGGAAGACUAGCAGUAGCAUUAGUCCUUAGCCGUAGCACCGGAGACCAUAAGGAUGACGGAGUCGGUGAAGACGAGGCCAGCGACGGUGGCGGCGCAGAGCAUCGGCGAGUACCGGCGGGUGGAGCCGGAGCUGGAGGAGGAGCUGGACGAGGAAGAGUGGGGCCGCCGGACCGAGGCGCGCAGCCGCGGGCGCAGGAGGGCGGAGAGAUACGUCUUCACCUGCGCGCUCUUCGCCUCGCUCAACGCCAUUCUCCUCGGCUACGAUGUUGGUGUCAUGAGUGGCGCAAUCAUCUACAUCCAGAAAGAUCUCCACAUUACCGAGUUUCAGGAAGAAAUCCUAGUGGGCUGCCUAAGUGUGAUCUCACUCUUGGGAAGUCUGUCAGGAGGAAGAACGUCUGAUGCGAUCGGCAGAAAAUGGACAAUGGGCCUUGGUGCAGUUAUCUUUCAGACCGGUGCGGUCAUCAUGACAUUUGCUCCUUCAUUCACUGUGCUCAUGGUAGGGAGGCUUCUCGCCGGGGUGGGUAUCGGCUUUGGCGCCAUGAUAUCUGCUGUCUACAUUGCUGAGAUCUCCCCCGCGUCUGCCCGUGGGACUCUCACAUCCCUCCCCGAGAUCUGCAUAAACUUAGGGAUCCUCCUGGGCUACGUUUCCAACUAUGCAUUUUCAGGCCUCUCCGAGCACAUUAGUUGGAGGGUCAUGCUUGGUGUCGGUAUCCUUCCGUCUGUCUUCAUCGGUGUCGCGCUUUUUGUGAUCCCGGAGUCCCCUAGGUGGCUGAUGAUGGAGAAAAGAGUUCCAGAAGCGAGGGCAGUGUUGUUGCAGAUUAGUGAGUCAGAAGCUGAGGUUGAUGAAAGGCUGGCUGAGAUUGAGGAAGCUGCAAAUAUUAUGAAGUCUGUAAAGUCUGAGGACAAAGCGGUGUGGAGGGAACUACUGAGCCCUUCCCCUGCUGUUCGUAGGAUGCUAUAUGCUGGAUGUGGUAUUCAGUUGUUCCAGCAGAUCACUGGAAUCGAUGCUACCGUCUAUUACAGCCCAACAAUUUUCAGGGAUGCUGGAAUCAAGUCUGACCAGGAGCUUCUUGCAGCGACAGUUGCUGUUGGGUUUACUAAGACGAUUUUCAUAUUGGUUGCAAUUUUCCUCAUUGAUAAAGUUGGGCGCAAGCCGCUUCUUUAUGUCAGCACCAUUGGCAUGACGGUCUGCUUAUUUGUCUUGGGGAUUGCACUUACAUUGCAGAAGCAUGCCAUGGGGCUUAUUUCUCCGAGUAUUGGGAUUGAUCUGGCAAUCUUUGCAGUUUGUGGGAAUGUGGCAUUCUUUUCAAUUGGGAUGGGACCGAUUUGUUGGGUCUUGUCGUCAGAGAUAUUUCCUGUAAGAUUACGAGCUCAGGCAUCAGCACUUGGUCAAGUAGGUGGUAGAGUGGGCAGUGGUCUGGUUUCCAUGUCAUUCCUCUCCAUGGCCCGUGCUAUAUCCGUGGGGGGAAUGUUCUUUGUCUUUGGAGCAAUCUCGACUGUCUCGGUUGCUUUUGUGUACUUCUGUGUGCCAGAAACUAAAGGGAAAACUCUGGAGCAGAUUGAAAUAAUGUUUGAAGGUGGGAAAGGAUGGAAAGGAGGAGAGGUCGAGCUUGAAGAUACACAACACUUAAUACAGGACGACAAGAAGUCUGCCUCUCUAGGUUGAUAUAAUCAGUAACAGGAAACUUCAUGACAUUCCAUGUUUCAAAUGCUGAAACAGCCACAUCCUGCUUCAGAAAUCAGAUUAAGAAACGAUCAAGCUGCCAUUUUAACUACUGCUAAUUUUGAGAGCUCAACAGGACAUAGGUUGUAACAUAGAUGGUUUUUUUGUAGUGUAAAGUUGUUCAUAUACAAUAUCCCAAAUAUUACCUGGGAGAAGGAUACAAGUGAUGUUGUAUAUGGGUUGGUAUCUUCCACCUACAAUAUAAUCGAAAAAUUCAACUUCUACAAUUUUAUUUUCA